CGGAUAACUGUAAGUCAUAAAUUAGUCGCUUGCUUCUUAUGUGCGUGCGUUUAAUUUGUCUUCUUGCCUUGACUGUUAAAAAGAUUACAUUACCCAUUUAUUCAUCAUAGAAUCGGUUAUGGAAUCAUUUGAGUAGAUUAAAGUCAAAGCAUCGAUUACUCCCAAUGGAAUUCCACAGUCAUAAUCCAUAAAACGAGAUUCGGUUCCGCUAAAGCUUCGAGGCCACUGAAUCAAUCGUACAACUGCGCCCCGUCUUUCAAAGGAGUCGAAUGUUGGAGGUUCAAAGAGUCGACUCCAACAAUCAAGCGCGUCCUCGGAGAGAGGGCAUGCGGCGAUAACAAUGAGGAGCUGUACAUAGGAUAUCUAAAGAACCAUUCGGCUGAGUCUUCUAUGAUUCAGCCACAAUUUACAAUAUCGUAGUACCACCCAGUUCAAGCGUUGAAUCAUGGCAGACACCAAGCCACCCUCUGACAGGCCUCAGAGGAAGAUGUCCACUACAGGGGAAAGUUUAUACAAGGUACUGGGACUGGAGAAAGGAGCCACAGCAGAGGACAUUAAAAGAGCCUACAGAAAACUGGCUCUGAAAUACCAUCCAGACAAGAAUCCAGACAACCCUGAAGCUGCAGAAAAGUUCAAAGAAAUCAACAAUGCCAACUCAAUCCUCACUGAUGAGACCAAGUGCAAGAUCUACGAUGAAUACGGUUCCAUGGGGCUCUACGUGUCUGAGCAGUUUGGAGAAGAGAGUGUCAAAUACUAUUUUCUCAUGUCAAAGUGGUAUUUCAAGGCUAUGGUCAUGUGCUGUGCCGUUUUCUCCUGUUGCUGCUGUUGUUGCUGCUGCUGUUUCUGCUGUGGGAAGUGCAAACCACCAGAGGAGGAUGAGAACUACCAGUACGUGGACCCAGAAGACCUGGAGGCCCAGAUCAAAGCAGAGCAGGAUGGUGGAGGUGAAACAAUAAUUAUUGUCCAGCCUAUACCUAGUCCUGGUCCCGAAAUCUGCAGUGAAACUAUACCGGAUGCAAAAUGACUUGCUCAAAUGUCCCUAUUUUGAUCCAGCCCAGUUCCACCAUCAACACCUCAGAGUCCACAAAUUUCGCAAGCAGGCAGUCCACGUACAACACCCAGAAAUGAGCCACCCGCCUGGUCCUGGUCCCAGUCAUUACUGAGGGGGUCCUUCUGAUGGACUCUAAGGCCCCUGAUGUAGUGUGCUGACCGCAGGGCAUCAUGGCACAAGGACUAAACUGUGCCACUGAGCCAUACCCUGACUCUAACCCACUGGAAUCGAGUGGCAGUUUGCCAAAAGACAAGGAAGCCUCUGCCAGUCUCUCUUCAUCUGUGUCUCCAUUGGUGUGUAUGUCUGUCUGUGCGUAUAUAACUACCCGUUCAUUUUAAAAUAAUAUAGCUAUGAGACUGAUGCCACUAGGCAGUGUUUCAGGUAGGAAGUGAGUUGUACUUUUGGGGUGUUUCUUUUUGGUUCUGGGUAUUUAUUUAUUUAUUUAUUUUAAUUUGUUCGAAGCAUGGACAUGAGUGGAAUGAUCAUGUGAGUGCAUGCAAAGCAAUAACAGCAUGCCACUACUAUACAAUAAAGGACCAUGCAAAAACCCCUCCCACUUAUCUUCAUACAAAUGCACAACAUGGCACCUUUUUUAGUUUGCUUCUUUAGAUGCCAGUGUUUUUGCAGAGUUUGCGGUCAUCUGUUACAUUUGCAUUAUAUUGCAUUUAAUUUAAGAUUGAAAUGGUCAAUCGUACGCAAAUGACAAGAAAUAGCAGUGUAACAAAUUUUUCUGACUAAAGUUAAGGCAGAUGCCUCACAUGUCAGCUGAUGUGCCAUGCUCGGUAUUUCAAGCCAUGUGAAAUGGUCGUACAUUUCCCUAAAAUCAGAACACUUGAAUAUGCUGGUGAAAGAUGUUUGUUUCUAUGCACUUUUUUCCCCACUACCUUCAUAGGAGGCUUCUAAUGCAAACCUAAUAGCUUCAACACUUACAACUACUUCUCAACUGCGAAAGCGAGAAUAUCUGUAAAUGUGAAGUUUCAGGGGCUGAAAUGGGAUCAACCCUAUUUUUGGUGAGCGCUAUGCCAAAUCAUCGAGCAAACCCAUGCUUUCUUUGUGCUCUUAGGACAUAUGAUGACAACAAAAAUAUUUUUAAUGAUCUUAUUUAUUUUUAGUAUAUCAGAAUUGAGAUUAAUGUGUAUGAUUUGUUCUGAGUGAAACGAUGCACUGUGUAAACUUGAUUUCAAAACUUGGAUGUGCAAGAGCCUCGUGAUUUUAGCAAUAAGAAAAUGCCCGUUGUGUUAAAUGUGAACGACUUAACAAUAGUCAGCCAAUUACUGUUAGAAACAUUACAUUAGAGUCAGUACAUUAGAUGCCAAAUGUUUUCCCUGUAAAUUGUUGUUCUGAAUGCAAUAGUAUAUACUUGGAUUGUACAC